GCUACUCAGGAGAAACGAAAUGAUCUGCCCUGGAGCCGCAGCAAAAUGCUGGAUGGACACCUACUCCUGGGAUGGUUAUCGUUCACAGUUAUAGUGCAUCUUCUCAGCUUGCUUGGGCCUACCACAGCUUACUUCGGGUUGACUGGUAAUGAACCAUUGUCUGUUCUACCACUGAAUUCUCUACCAGAAGAGACCACGGGCAGGGCCCACUACAAGCUUUGUGACCGUCUCAAACUGGAAAAGAAGCAGCGCAGGAUGUGCAGACGCGACCCGGGGGUGGCGGAUACCUUGAGGGAGGCUAUAAUUAUGAGUGCCUUAGAAUGCCAGCAUCAGUUUCGCUUUGAGAGGUGGAAUUGCACCUUAGAGGGGCGCCAUCGGGCCAACAUAUUAAAAAGAGGAUUCAAAGAGACGGCUUUCUUGUAUGCCAUCUCCUCGGCGGGCCUAACGCAUGCGCUAGCCAAAGCUUGCAGUGCAGGACGCAUGGAGCGCUGCACAUGCGACGAAGCCCCAUAUCUGGAGAACCGCAAAGCCUGGCAAUGGGGAGGCUGCGGAGACAACCUCAAAUAUGCCAACAAAUUUGUCAAGGAAUUUCUGGGCAAACGCUCCAACAAAGACCUGCGUGCACGUGUGGACACGCACAACACAAAUGUAGGGAUGAAGGUAAUCAAGGUUGGCGUAGAGACCACUUGUAAAUGCCACGGUGUCUCUGGCUCCUGCACUGUCCAAACCUGCUGGAGGCAGCUCCUGCCCUUUCAUGAGAUCGGCAAGCGACUGAAGCAGCGCUAUGAGACUUCUGUCAAGGUUGGCAGCUCCACCAAUGAGGCCACUGGAGAGGGAGACAUCUCCACUGGCCGAAACCAGCAGCAGCAGCACUCCCUGCCUGGUCUGAGUGAUCAAAUUCCCCGCACUAUGGACCUACUCCACAUCGAGGACUCGCCUAGUUUCUGUAAACCCAGCAAAUACUCAGCGGGCACUGCAGCACGCAAGUGCUACAAGGACCAAAACUGUGAUGCUAUUUGUUGCGGGCGGGGCCACAACACACAAAGUAGGGAGGUGACCGGGCCCUGCCAGUGUCAGGUGCGUUGGUGCUGCUAUGUCGAAUGCAAGCAGUGCACGCAGAAAGAGGAAGUCUAUACCUGCAAGGGGUAAAACAUCCACUGUCAGUUGGCCAGCAAUCAGUGGAGCAAGUCAAAGAUGGUUGGUUUGUUCUCAAGACUAGUUGGUUUGUUCUCAUCUGAGGUUGUGCUGCUAUUGUCAGAAUAACGUUCUGCAGAAAAUUGAGAAGCAAGCCAAAAAAGCAAAAAGCACUUUGAUGAAUUUAUGUGGGUUAGAGUUUCAGGGGUCCUGCAGAAUAAAAACUUUCUCAGACAACUGGGUCACCAUCUCAAGCUUUUUAAUCACAGCAUUGCCUUGAGGAAAAAAGCUUUUUUUCUUACCUGUUUCAAAAAUGUAUUGGCAACAUUUUCCAAGAAAAUUAAUUAUCCAGUUGUAGAAUAAAUACAAGGACGAUAACACAGACAGAUUUCUUAUGGACGUUGCCUAAAGAACAAUAGUGUGUGAGUGUUUUAAUAUGUGUGUGUUUAUCGUGUGUGUGUGUAGUUUAUAAGCAAAGUUUGAGUGACAGCAUUUUUAUUCCAAUUUAAAAUCAUACUUUGAGAUUUAAAAAAAAAAAGAAAAAAAAAAAGACUGGGUGUAAGAAUUACUCUACACGCACAUAUUUACACCCACACACAUCGUGUGUUUGCAUAUGUAUGUAAAUAAAACCAGUUAUGUUUUAGUGAUAUUAUACAAGCCACUUAUCUAACUAUGUAAAAAAAACCACUAAUAACACAAACAUUUUAUUGUUUGUGUGCUAUUUCUCCCUUUUGUUUUAAUCCAUUUUGACAAGUGCCUUUGGAAAGAAACACACUUGUGUUUGAUGGCUUGUUGUGGAUAAUUUAUAGAUCCUUUGGGACUACUCCUUUACCAGGAGGAUUUUAUUUCUUUAUUUUUAAUGUAAUAUGAAACUGUUGUAUAUGCAUUAACAGAAAACAACUAAACCAGUCAGUUUAGGCUAUUCCUAGCCUUGAGCGAACUAGUGUUCAGGGAAUAACUUAAACCACUUUAUCUAUGACGAUAAAUAAUAAUAUGAAAAGCUUAAACAGACAAUUUUAAACUAGAGAUACCAGUGGUUUAACCCAGUGUUAUUGCAGCAGGUUAUCAUUCCAACAGCAGACAUGUGGCAUGUGACUCUGAUCAGACUUUAUGGAGCUCUGCUUCAUAUUUUUAAUGAGUUUUUCUUUUUAUACUUUAUGUUGACUGUGGAGAACUGUAGGAAUGUAACUCCCUACCAUUUCCAUAUUUGCCUCUCCUCUUCAGCUGCCACAAUUUGAGCCAUAAUGCAGUGUGUGCAGUAGAAGUUUAAACCAUGUGGGGUAAUUGAGACUGAAAUCUAACCUGACAGUGUGCAAAUUUGCUCAAGUGAAUGCCUUUUUGCUAAUAUAAACAUAUUUUGAUAAGGCUGAUUUUUGUGUGAUGUUCCACAAACUGAUCCCUAAAUGUAGAAACUGUAAUUUCAUGACUGUCGUCUAUGGGAAGCCAGUGAAACUGUAUUUAUACAUGAGUUAAUUCGCCUUUUUCCCUUACUUUAUGUGACUCAGUCAGCACAUUGGGCUUCAUUAGGACUCUACAAUGCAAAUUGCAGUGACAGUGACAGUUUAUAACAAAUGUUUGGCAUUUUAAGAAAUGUACUUUCUUGCUUUCUUAAGAUUGAAUUAGAAGAAUAACAUCUUUAAGGUCUUAAUGAAAGAUUUACUCCUAGUUUGUAUAAGCUAAAAAGAGUGCUAGGAUAAGCUAGGCUAACUGGGUACUUAAUGAGAAAAACAGAAAGGUGGAACACAACUAAAGAGAAUAAGUACAGUUCCCAAAAUGCCAAAAUAUUAAUGUGCAGCUCCCUCCACUACUAUCAACACCCCUGGUAAAGAUAUAUAAAGACCUCUCAAAUACAGUUAUCCCAUAUUGCAGUAGCGUAAUCUCACACUAAAACUAACAAAGAAAACAAAGUUCGGUGAUGUCAGAAUUUUAAAUAUUUAUUUAUCUUUUUUAAACUGAGGUUACGCUGCUGCAAUAAGACAACAACCCUACUGCUAACAGGGGAGAAAAUCAGUUUGGUGUUGUAGAGCUUCAGGAAAACAUUGCAGAACAUAACAUUUCUCAUAUUCUGGUGUGAAUUAACUACUGAGUGAGGGACCCAUUUUUGUAUUAUAGCACCAUUCACACACUGAAGCCCAAACGCCCUUUAAAAUAUUUUGGAUCUGUAUUUAUGGUUACAAUAAAGUUCAGAAUUUUUCUAUUUAAUUUUUUUUUUCUGUUAAUGUAAAUAUCAAUGGUUUCUAAUCCUGUGGUAUAGAUGCAAAACUGAGGCACAUGUUCAGCUCUCACAAAUAUUUUAAAGAAACCUAUUGGGGAAAAAAUUUGGUACAGGAUUAUCACUGUGUUUCAAUGUUGCAUAAUUGAGGCACUUUAAAUUACUCUGAUAGUCUAAUUUUUAAAUUAAACGAAUUUGGCAUUAAAUGUGUUCUUUAGGAGGUGGACCUCACUUGACUUAUUUGUUCUGAGGUGCUAAAUUCCAAACAUUUUGAUAGGAGAUGGCACUCCAAAUAAAGACUGGUCAAAACACACACACAGAACUUUGCACGCUACAUGGUGACCAUAAUAGCUAUGCUGGGACUUGGAGCAUAAAUGCCUGCUCCCCACAACUUCUGGUGGUGUUUUUUUACACAUUUUUGGCCCAAACACUGUGAGGCUCUACUAUUAAAUUAAAUGAAUUUGCAACGGAUAUGACAGACAUACUAAAUUCACACUGAGCGCAUUCUUUGGUGUGUUCUUGGUUUGUAUAUAGGCCUACAAGUUGUUAAACAAAAAGAGGAGCAUCCUGCAUAUUUAGACUUCACAGUCAUUUAUGCUUUCAUAAACAAAGCUCUGCACUGUUUAGUAUUCAGUGGAUUAUGUAUAAAAUUCUAUUUUGUAGAAAAUAUUAAGAGAUAAAUUAUUUUUGAAAAUUUUAUGAGCAUGUGUUUAGUGUAAAUAUAUAAAAAGGUUUAAAUUGAUUUUAUACCCUGAAUUUUAUACUUUUUUUCUUAUGGGUGUUUGUGCCUUUUGGGGUGGAGGCUUCACAAAGCAAUAUAUAUAAAAAGUAAGUAUAAUUUCAUGUCAAAAUUAAUAUCUAAGCACUAACUAAUAAAUCCUAACAAAUUUUGAAUCAAUGCACCUAUAGUUAGUUAAAAUAGUCAUCCGGAUUUCUUCAUUGAUUUAGAUCUGAUUACAUAAUUACUUAUUUUGUAAAACCUCUUUUUAAUUUUGUCAUUGUAGCCAUACAACCAUAUAUAGUCUUCUACUGAUGACCACACCUGUAUGAACUGAUUUAUACUCAACUGUGUUUGCAUUUUGUUAGGAUUUAUGCUGUGCUUGUCAAAUACAUAAAACACACCAACUAUGUAUUUUAUUUUUCUGAAACCAUUACACCAGCUACGUUUUGUCCAUGUCCACCUAUUCUUGUCUUAUGGGAACUCUAAAUUAUUUUCCCUCUACCUCAUGUGUAUAGCUUGUAGUUAUAAACAGAUCGAGAAUGACUGGUAAGAAUGUAUUUAAGUUAUUUAACAUCUUUGUAUAACAAAGGCGAAAAAAAAAUGAAAUAAUAAAUGAAUUUCUAAAAUUGUAA